CCACCAUUCACAUUCGCAUUCACCAUAGCAGACAACGUACACAAACAAGAUAAACAUAACCCUUCCUCAAGUAAUAUCUCCAGGGAAACUUUGUAAUAAACACGAAAGACGUGACAAGUAUUGCGAGUGAAGAUGGCGAGUGUAUGGCUGAUUGUCCCAAUUUUGUCACUGGCUACAACGUGGAUGUACUUCUUGACGCUUAUAGCACCGGCGGUACCAUCCGAGAAGACCAAUAGCACCUUGAAGUUUCCUGGAAAUAUUGAAGAGCUACAACAAGUGGCCCAACUUAUUAGACUCUAUUAUGAAGUUAACUGGAUCUACGUUCUUGUACUUUAUAGUAGUGCUUACAUAUACAAACAGACUUUCGCAAUUCCUGGAACAGUUUUUCUAAAUGUUCUUGGAGGAGCUCUUUUUGGUGUGGUUGUUGGAUUUCCCUUGUGCUGCUUCUUAACAGCAGUUGGAGCAUCUUGCUGCUACAUUCUGUCCGCUACCUGUGGUAAAGAAGUUGUUCAGGAUAACUUCCCCAACCAGCUUAAAAAUUUUCAGGAGAAGGUGGAAAAGAAUUCCCACCAACUUCUUUACUACUUGCUCUUUUUGAGGAUGUUCCCUAUGAGCCCAAAUUGGCUUAUUAAUGUCAUUGCACCAUUGGUUGGUGUCCCUCUUCCCCUAUUCUUCUUCACUGUGUUGUUUGGUCUUGGCCCAUACGUACUUGUCUGCACACAAGCAGGAGUCAUCUUGUCAACCCUCACAUCAUUAGAACAACUUUUUUCAUUGAAGAUGGCUCUGCAAAUGGCAUUACUUGCCCUAGCUGCCUUAGCACCUUCUUUUGUGUUUAGAAAUUCACAAUCAGUAUCUUGAAAAUAUCUAGCGCUAGAAAAUAUGAAUGCUCCAAAGUUUUGGAAAAUGUAAUCGUAUAAGAAAAUCAUAUUGCUGACAUUUUAUUGUCAUCUGGGUUGGCAAAGACUUUGGCCUACAUAAAUGUUUUGUUAUUCAUGAUUAUUAUCAUCAUGCAUUUGUAUCAGCAUAUUUUUUUUCUGUCAAUUCUUGAUGCUUUGGGUUUUAUAAGAGAAAUGGCAUCUAUGUUGCAAGCAGAUUGAAUAUUUAAUUUUUUCAAGAUUAGUCUUGGCGGCUUAUCCGUCGUUGAGAGACGCACAGAAAGAAGGGCCUUGUGGCGUAAGAUUGUUGCAGUGUCUUCUGAUGCUUUUGAUUUACCAAGUUACCCUGAUGUGUGCCCCACCUUUGUUUUUUGUUCAGUGUGUGUUAUUUAUGUGAAAAAUAAUACUAUUGUGACUAAUUUCUCAUUUUUAAAAUUUACUGUUUUUUUUGUUUAUAUGCUUUUUAUGCUUUUGUUGUUUUCUUGUAUGGUUGUGUUUUUCUUUUCUUUAAAUUAGAGUUGUAGUUAAGGAAUGAAGGCCUAAUUGUUACAAAUUGAAACACUAUAUUUUAUCAACACUCAUUAGCUUAAAGUUACUAUAAAAUGAGGAAGGACUAAACAUCUUCUUUAAAAUGUUACCUAUAAUUUUGUUGUUUUUGUUGUGGUUUUUUCUUGAUUUUUUUUUCAUGAUCAAGACUUGUUUUGAUCAGUUUUGUUCAUCUUUAAUUAAUGCAGCUAGUCUUGCCAUUCCCUAAGAAUAGAGAAUUUCUUGAUUUAUCUUUAAGUCUAUUUUCCCAUUUCACUUUUGUAUCUGACCAAUCUUAGUAUUUUAAAAGAAUCAACAUUUAAUAUCA